UUAUGACAGCAUCCUAGACAUUCGACUUGGGAUUAGAGAAAAAGUUUUCGCAGGUUCAAACGACUCUCCGACAUCUACAUGUCUAGAACGCUGACCAUUAAAGGCAGUACCUGCGAAUAUUCUUCCAUCAUCAUCGAUAAUGGCAUCUCAGCCGGAGACCCCGUUCUACACGUCUAGCGACAUCGAGAACCAGCUCCUUCCAAGCCAACCACCCUCACCACCCAAGAAAGCUCAUCAGCACCCCCGUUACGGCGCACUACGCCCUGUUUCCUCUCGCCCUGCACUUCGAGCGUUAUCAAAUAAUAUCUGUGUAUCAGAAAAAGUCCCGGCUCAAAUAAAGCGCACGUAUGGUGAUGUACUCGCAGACGAAGCACGCACCAUUAACCGUGCAGAUGUCGACUGUCGCAACAUUCUUCGUGAGAAAACAGAUGGUACGACCAGUAUCAAGCGAGUCAGUCGAAAAAAGAUUAGCAUUCUGCGAGAUAGUUUCACUCCUCCCGCCAAGGAAGUAUUUCCCGGGAAGCCUUGCCGUACGGCAAAGGCAACUGAAGUCGAGGAAGACGACUGCCUUGAAGUGACUAAUCAUCGUUGUAUCAAGCUAGGGGAUGUGGCCAAAGGUAGUGAUUUUUCUGUGGACCUGGGAGAAGUACCUUUACCGUCAAUCGAAAGCCCUGGACCUGAAUAUGUUACCGAAAUCUGCAUCCCAUCGUCGCCAAUCGACCUGGACCCAAUGUUCGCCAGCGACAACAGCUUUGUUCAGCCUCGUCAUAGCAGACGUUCCAGGAAUGUCUCCCCCAGCGAUCAACCUCGUCUCGAAAGAUUCGAGCGCCGCUUUGGCACCGUACUGUCAAGCUCCAGCCUCGACCUGGACAUAGACUUUGACGACGCCGCAACACGGCAGCCCAAGUUCACAAUUAGCCCCAAACAUUCCACUAUGGCUUCAGACCCAACCAAACUCCGUCCAAUCGAGCGUAGUCACACUAUCACGAUCUACAAGCUCCCUGGAGAUGAAGACCGCCGCGCUUAUGUUCUUCGAGAGAUACUCACCGAACUUGCCCAUAAUUCCGAUGAUGCGGCGCUGAAAAGUCAUCUCGUGCACAACCAGCACCAUGCUCUCAUUGCAUCCCACGUCAUCCACGCUCAUCUCGCAUAUAACAACGGCGUCGGGAUUCUCGGCUUCCUCGAGACACCGUUAACGUCUACAGGGCUCUGGCACAAGACACAGCGUGCCGGACUCGGCGACUCGUACGAUCACAUGUACGGCGUUCUAUACCGCCUCGUCGAGCAAGGUACGAUCGAGCAAUGGAAGGAAAUGUCGCCGUAUCAUAAAGGUGAGGCGAGCGUAUUGUAUCGUGUGUUCCAUGAUCAGCUGUCCAAAGUGGAUCAUGCAUUUGAGGAGUUCGGAAAGGCGCCAGUGGUUGUGGAGAUGAGUAGUUGGAUCACUAGCCUGUUGCAUAUUGAGCAGCAGGUCGAUAGUACGGAUCGAACUAUUUUGGAGAUGCUGGUUUGUGAGGCGAAUGAUUUGUGAGGAUGCACGUUCUUGUUCUUCGAGAAUCGGAGAGUAGUAUGUGGUGAAGGAGAAGUCGCUGGGCAUUCUGAAUAGUGGAGACGACGUUUCAAUAAGAUUGUCUAAGGCAUUGUUACGUCUCUGUAGUCAGUGGUGUUAAAGGAUGAGAUAAGAGGCUGUUUGACUCGCGCGCUCACCUCGUCUGCUAUCU